AUGGGGCCCCUGGUGUGCGGCGAUGGCAUGCUGGUGAGCUACUCGUGGAAGCGCCACAUCGCUGCCCAUGCUGCCACCACCGCUGCCAAGCGCACCGGGGUCGCUUUCACAGCCUUUCAGCGCCACAGGCAGCGCUGCUUCCCUGCCCUCGCUCCGCCGCCUCUCACGCUCACUGCACUCGCCCGCCACCUCGCCCACCGACCCACAGCCUCUCGUCCUGCCCCCACUGCUGUCCAUGCCACAGCACCUGCUCCUGCUGGUGAUGGCGCGGGGGUAGUCGCGCUGCAAGGCGGGCCCACCAGUGCUGCCGCUGCUGAGGCCGCUGCUGCCGGCUCCGCUGCCCCGCCUGCUGAUGCUGCUGCCGGCACUGCGGGCGUGAAGGUGGAAGGGGCAACAGUGGCUGGGGGAAAAGGGGCGGGAGCUGGGGAGGGAAAAGGGCAAGUGGGGGCAGCAGGCGCAGGUGCAAGUGGAGAAGGCACGUGUGCUGUCACCAACACUACUGCCCCUGCUGCUGCUGCUACAAGCUCGGCAGGAGCAGCAGAAGGCACCUCCAUCAACACAGGUGCUUCUGGGGAAGGUACACCUGCAGCUGCUGCCGAUACAUCCGCUGCCGUUUCCGAACCUGGACGCGAUGGUCCAGGACCAGGGUUGGGCCGAGCCACCCCACCAGCAGGCUUGGGGGUGAUGGGGGCGCUAGGUGCGGUUGGACUGGGUCGGGGGAGGGUCGGGGGACUGGUUCGGGGCCUUGGGGCGUUUGGGCGGAUGGGGGGAAUAGGAGGAAGUAUAGGGGGGAGUAUUGGGGGAAUGGGGGCAGGGGUGGGGGGAGGGAAUGCGAUGGAGGCGGACGACCUGGGGGGGGGCGACGAGAUGAUGAUGCUGGGGGGCGACUUUGGCGGCGAUGACAUGGACGUGGAUGGGCGCGGGGGGGACGAUGGGGGGGACGGGGGCGGUGCACGGGGCGGGGCACAGGGGGGGGUAGGAGGGGCGGAGGGAGAGGGAAUAGUGGGGGAGAGGAAUGAAGGGCACAGGCCAGUUUCUGCUGCUGGGGAAGGAGGUAGGCUAGAGGGCGACGGGGGUGGGGCGGAACAAGCAGAGGGGGCAAUGGCGAAGGGAGGUGAAGGGGGGAGUGAAAGCAAGGCAGGGGUAGGUGGUGCUGGUGGAGGGGAACGAGCAGGGCCCACGGUCAUCUCCCUCAUGCCAGCUGGCAGCCCACGAGUGGAUGGCGUCGCAGUGUUUGGAACAAACGAGGUGGGGCCGCAUGUGCAUGCAUGGGGGCAAUCACACCACAUGGCCUUCCAACUCGUCACUGCGCAAGCACGGCAAGUGGUGCACAGGCUGCGCUGUGCUGCCACACCACAUCCCUCCGCAGCAGCAGGCAGCAUGCCGCCGCUGCAAGGCCUGCUGGAAUGGUUGCACUCCUUCCGCACCCUCUUCCAGCAGCCCUGCAG